UGGUACCUUCGCACUCACUGUAUGAGCUAUACAAAAACGUAACGCAAAUGCCGUCAUAGCUACGUAUAGUCAAGCUAUUCCAUUGGAAAAUAUUUUUAGCCUCGAGAGAAGGGCGCACAUCACGGGGAAGAGAGGCAGCCCAUCCGACCGCAGACUGGAAAGGAGCCUAGGCGAUGUUGUGGAUACGAAGAUGAGGUGGAAUGUUUAUUUUUGACUCGCCGAUUUUGCCACGAAUGUGUUUUGUUGGCGAAUUGUUUUCAUGAUCUAUGAAAUUGUAAUCGAAGGACAUAUGGUUCGGAGCUGCGUUUUACACCCGAAAGAGAUCUGAUUUUUUUGACAGGACAGGCCGGCAGAGCAUCCGCUGAUCGACAGGUUGUCGACGCCUCCACUUCCCUUUUAUCUCCACCAUGAUGCCCAGUUUGCAGCGAGUCCUGCGGCCCGCCCUCAUUCUGAGGUCGGGGAACAUUUUGGGAAGAGUCCGCGGGUCAAACCUAGCUCCGCUACGCCAGCCUGUACCGAUGCUGCCCAGCCAGCAGCGCUGCGACUUGGGCACACACCCUCACAAGGACCCGAUGGAGCCCUUGAACUCGCCGCAAGGAGCCAAGGAUUUUAUUUAUAGUCUUCACCCCACCGAACGCACAACCCUGCUUAGAGAACUGCACCGGUUUGAGUCGAUAGCAAUAGCUCAAGGGGAAAUGGUAAUCGCCCCUCCCACAUCGGCUCAGCUGAGAUACGUUCUUCUACACAACGCCAUUCCUUUUGUAGGAUUUGGUUUUCUGGACAAUGCCAUCAUGAUUGUAGCUGGCACGCAGAUCGAGUUGUCCAUAGGUGUGAUCCUUGGGAUUUCAACCAUGGCAGCUGCUGCCCUGGGGAACCUUGUGUCGGACCUGGCUGGACUCGGCCUUGCAGGUUACGUGGAAGCCCUGGCCUGUCGUUGUGGUUUGGUGGGCCCAGACCUGAACCCCAAACAGGCUGACAUGUGGCAGACCAGAGUUAGCACCCACAGUGGUAAAGCCAUCGGAGUUGCCAUCGGCUGCAUCUUAGGGAUGUUCCCGCUACUCUUCUUCAAAGAUGAGACGAAGAAGAAAGAGGCGGAAAGGGAGGGUAAAGAUGGAUCACUAACCUCCAUCUCCACUGGCAGCAGCAGCAAUUGAGACAACUUGACAGAAAGACUUACCUUCUCGGGAAGAGAGAGAACUUAUCAUUGGACUACCGCUACUUCACAACCUAACUACUGCAUAAUGAAUAACCUCUGUUUCACCAGACAGACAGACCUUCCUAGGUAAACUAGAUUACUAACACUACAGUGUAGGAAGCAUGACUACUGAUGUCAAUUGUUGAUGUCAAUGUCUUAAAUAGUUCCUCCUGCAACAUUCAAAAGCAGUAUGAAGAAAAACAACAAUGAUAAAUACAAGUGGACCACUCUUCCAA